UAGGAUUUGGGAACAUUGCACCCACCACGGAUGGGGAGAAGAUUUUUUCAGUGGCCAUGAUGAUGGUUGGCUCUCUUCUUUAUGCAACUAUUUUUGGAAACGUCACCACCAUUUUCCAGCAAAUGUAUGCCAACACCAACCGGUACCAUGAGAUGCUGAACAAUGUGAGGGAUUUCCUAAAAUUAUAUCAAGUCCCAAAAGGCCUUAGUGAAAGAGUCAUGGAUUAUAUUGUCUCAACCUGGUCCAUGUCUAAAGGAAUUGACACAGAAAAGGUCCUGUCGAUCUGCCCGAAGGACAUGAGAGCAGACAUCUGCGUGCACCUGAACAGGAAGGUGUUCAACGAGCACCCUGCCUUCCGGCUGGCCAGCGACGGCUGCCUGCGCGCCCUGGCCGUGGAGUUCCAGACCAUCCAUUGUGCCCCGGGGGAUCUCAUCUACCACGCUGGGGAAAGCGUUGAUGCUCUCUGCUUCGUGGUCUCAGGAUCCUUGGAAGUCAUCCAGGACGACGAGGUGGUGGCUAUUUUAGGUAAAGGUGAUGUGUUUGGUGAUAUUUUCUGGAAGGAAACCAGCCUGGCCCAUGCCUGUGCCAACGUUCGGGCUCUGACCUACUGUGAUUUGCAUAUAAUCAAGCGAGAAGCCUUGCUUAAAGUGCUGGACUUUUACACUGCUUUUGCAAACUCCUUCUCCAGGAACCUCACGCUCACCUGCAACCUGAGGAAGAGGAUCAUCUUCCGGAAGAUCAGCGACGUCAAGAAGGAGGAAGAGGAGCGCCUGCGCCAGAAGAACGAGGUGACGCUGAGCAUCCCCGUGGACCACCCUGUGCGGAAGCUCUUCCAGAAAUUCAAGCAGCAGAAGGAGAUGCGCAACCAAGGCUCGAGCCACGCGGACGCGGAGCGGAGCCAGCUGCAGGUGGAAAGCAGGGGCGUGCAGAACGGGGCCUCCAUCACGGGCACCAGCGUGGUCACCGUGUCCCAGAUCACGCCCAUCCAGACCACCCUGGCCUACAUGAGGAGCAGCGAGGCCGUGAAGCAGAACAACCGCGACGCCAUGGAGCUCAAGCCCAACGCCAACGGGGAGCAGAAGUGUCUCAAGGUGAACAGCCCCAUGCGGAUGAAAAACGGGAACGGGAAGGGCUGGCUGCGGCUGAAGAACACCAUGGGCGCCCACGAGGAGAAGAAGGAGGACUGGAACAACGUCACCAAGGCCGAGUCCAUGGGGCUGCUGUCCGACGACCCCAAGUCCAACGACUCGGAGAACGGUGUAAAUAAAAACCCGCUGAGGAAAACAGACUCUUGUGACAGUGGAAUAACAAAAAGUGACCUUCGCUUGGAUAAAGCUGGUGAGACUCGCAGCCCCCUGGAGCACAGCCCCAUCCAGGCGGAUGCCAGGUGUCCCUUCUACCCCAUUCCUGAGCAGGCCUUACAAACCACGCUGCAGGAGGUCAAGCACGAACUCAAAGAAGAUAUCCAGCUGCUAAGCAGCAGGAUGGCUGCCCUUGAGAAGCAGGUGGCAGAAAUUUUAAAGAUAUUGUCUGAAAAGAACGUAUCCCAGCUCUCUUCCCCCAAGUCUCAUUUAUCACCCCAGUCCCCUCCCCAGAUACCCUGUCAGGAUAUUUUUAGUGUUUCAAGGCCUGCAUCACCUGAAUCUGAAAAAGAUGAAAUCCACUUUUAG